GAGAAACAGAAGAUGAUGCUGAUGAAAACAUAGGCACAUGUGUUAGGUCUGAAGCAAGGAGAGAAAGGCAGCUCCUGCUUCUUUGCAUGAAACCUUUCUAAAACUCUUCUCUUCUCUCGCCACGAACCCUUUCCCCCAUACCCUUCACACGACCCCUUCCACUUUUUUAAUCUCUUGUCUUCUUAUUACAUCUCAUCAAAAUUCAUAUUUAAUGAUAAUAAUCCAAAACUAACAAUAUUUAAAUAUACGUUUUAACUUAUUCUCAUGUCUGUAUACUCAAUCUCAUAUAUAUAUAUAAACCACAUUAUAUAUCCCAUCUUUCAUCUCACACACAUCUCUCAAAACCAAAACACAUACAAGCAAAAAAACAAGUUAUAUAUUAUCAUGGAUGUCGUUUGUACGGAACAUCAUAUGAGGAAACCAACGGUGGAGAUUCCUCCGAGAAGGCUUCUUUUAUCUUCCAAGAGUUUUCCUUCGGAUUCUUCUUCCCCUCGUUCGCCGCGUAAACAUAACUGGAACAAAAGCAACAAGAUCACAUCUGAACAUGAAGAAGACAACUUCAACAACGAAGACAACAACAAGGAGAUUAAAGAGUACUGUUAUGACUCCGACUCUGAUGAUCCUUACGCAAGUGAUCAUUUCCGGAUGUUCGAAUUCAAGAUCCGUCGUUGCACUCGUAGCCGAAGCCACGAUUGGACUGAUUGUCCUUUUGCUCAUCCCGGUGAAAAAGCUCGCCGUCGUGAUCCUCGUCGCUUUCAAUACUCCGGUGAGGUUUGUCCCGAGUUUCGUCGUGGUGGUGAUUGUAGCCGUGGAGAUGAUUGUGAGUUUGCUCAUGGAGUCUUUGAGUGUUGGCUCCAUCCUAUUCGUUACCGUACUGAAGCUUGUAAAGAUGGUAAGCACUGUAAAAGGAAAGUCUGUUUCUUUGCUCAUUCGCCACGUCAGCUUAGGGUUCUUCCUCCGGAAAACGUUUCCGGCGGCUCAGCGUCGCCGUCUCCUGCCGCGAAGAAUCCGUGUUGUUUGUUUUGUAGCAGCUCUCCCACGAGCACUCUUUUGGGUAAUUUGUCUCAUCUUUCUCGAUCUCCGUCUCUGUCUCCACCUGUGUCUCCGGCUCAUAAAGCCGCUGCUUUUUCACGGUUGAGGAACCGCGCCGCAUCUGCCGUUUCUGCCGCUGCAGCCGCUGGUUCAGUUAACUAUAAAGACGUUUUGAGCGAGCUGGUGAAUUCGUUGGAUUCCAUGAGCUUAGCGGAAGCGCUGCAGGCGAGUUCUUCGUCACCGGUUACAACUCCGGUUUCCGCUGCAGCUGCCGCGUUUGCCUCGUCCUGCGGUUUGAGCAAUCAGCGUCUCCAUCUCCAAAACUUACAACCAAGUAGUCCUUUGCAAUUUGCUCUUUCGCCUUCCACUCCAAGCUACCUAACUAACUCACCUCAGGCGAACUUCUUUAGCGAUGAUUUCACUCCUCGCCGAAGACAGAUGAACGAUUUCACGGCGAUGGCAGCGGUUAGGGAGAAGACUAGCAUUGAGGAUGGUUCUUGUGGUGACCCUGAUCUUGGAUGGGUCAAUGAUCUCCUGACUUGAUGGAUUGACGGUGGAGAGAAGACGGGAGGGAGAUCUGACUUUGAGAAUGUAAAUUUCGGGGGAGGAGUUUUAAUCACAUUCAUGAAUCAUGGGAGAAUAAUCGGUUCGUAACGGUUUGGUCAAUGCAUGGAGAGAUUGUUGUUCAAAUUUGUUUUGAAGAUUUUUUUUUUUUUACGAAUUUCCACGGAAGCUAAUUCAGAAGUGUCUUGUGUAUUGUCGUUUAUUUUUUAGAAUUUUCUCUGUCUGAUGGGAUUUUUACCAAAUAAUAUGUUGAACUUGUAAUAUCUUGUGGACUCGGAUUGUGCAAUGUUUCACCAAUUCUAUAAAUAUUUUUCCCUUUCAUGUA